CGUAGGCGGACAAAGGCAGCGCGCGCCGGGAGCUGUAGAGCCUGGCGGUGAUCUGGAGGAGCUUCCUUGGCCCGUGGGGUUUUCGCAGCGGGCGCCGCCGCCGCCUUCCCUUCCUCGUCCCUGAUCUCUUCUCUCAGGUCCCGGGAGUCCCCGCCCGGGGGCUGCAGCGGCUGAGAGUGCCCGAGCAGGCGGUGCGGUGACAGCAUGACGAGCGAGGUGAUCGAGGACGAGAAGCAGUUCUACUCCAAGGCCAAGACGUACUGGAAGCAGAUCCCGCCCACGGUGGACGGCAUGCUCGGGGGGUAUGGCCACAUCUCCAGCAUCGACAUCAGCAGCUCCCGGAAGUUCCUGCAGAGGUUUCUGAGGGAAGGCCCGAACAAGACAGGAACGUCCUGUGCCCUGGACUGUGGAGCCGGCAUCGGAAGGAUCACCAAGCGGCUACUCUUGCCGCUGUUCAGAGUGGUAGACAUGGUCGACAUGACGGAGGACUUUCUGCUAAAAGCCAAGACCUACCUGGGGGAGGAGGGCAAGAGGGUGAGGAACUACUACUGCUGUGCUCUCCAGGACUUCAGCCCGGAGCCGGACUCCUAUGACGUCAUCUGGAUCCAGUGGGUGAUAGGCCACCUGACGGACCAGCACCUGGCUGAAUUCCUGCGGCGCUGCAAGCAGGGCCUCCGCCCCAACGGCAUCAUCGUCAUUAAAGACAACAUGGCCCAGGAGGGCGUGAUCCUGGACGACGUGGACAGCAGCGUGUGCCGGGAUCUUGAGGUGGUCCGCAGGAUCAUCCACAGCGCAGGCCUCAGCCUCCUGGCCGAGGAGAGGCAGGAGAACCUCCCCGACGAGAUCUACCACGUCUACAGUUUUGCCCUGAGAUGAGUGGCCGGCAGGAGGAGCGGACAGAGCUGGGUGGGCAGCUGGUGGCUGGGCCGGACCUGGGCUCCAUGCUGAGUCUGGAAAUGUCCAGAGGCCAUUAAAUACACCUGUCUGCUGCCGCUACCUGGACAGACUCUUUCAGUGGGCAGAGCAGGCCCAGCACAGAGGGGUGCAGCUGGUAAGGCAGUGACAGGAGCCUGGCCUGCUCUGCGGAGGCCGGAAUGGACGGUUGAGGCUGGAGCAGCACAGCCCAUGGGCUCCCUACUCCAGAAACCGCGGUUCCCUGAGUCCCCAGCCUGGCUUGCCAACAGAGGCCUGGCUGCUGAGGACUGGAGGGUGGUCUCUGCUUAGGGGACAGAGAGGAGCCAGGCUGAUGGUACUGUGGGUGCCUGCACUCCUGGCUGGGCUAACUUGCCCCCGGUCUGUGGGACGGUGCCACUGUGGGAGUGUUCACGUGCCAGGUCUUGCUUAGUGAUGGGGUCCUGGUGUCCUUAGCAUGGUGGUCACAGCAGCCUGCAGCAAGGGAGUGCCUAGGGUUCCUCUUUUGCAGGCAUUUUCAGACGGAAAUAAAAGGGGUGAACCCCUGUACUGUGAAAGCCCCAGCUGGCCUGGACUGGUGCUGCUUUAUGGACAAGUGUCACCUUGAAAACUGUCCCCAGUUUUGUAUCUCCUGCCAGCCACCUGGCUGCUGGGAGAUCCUCCCUGUGUGGGGGUGGGACUGCUCAACAAGGACCUGCACGGCCAAGUGACUGUUUAAUGGUACACAUAAACACGGCAUCUGGUCUUGGUCCCAAAGGCCCUUACACAGUUCACAGUGACCGUGACCCAGAAACGACCUCAGGAGGGAGGGCUCAGCAUCCAGCAGCUGUCAGUUUUAGGUCUGUGGCUGCUCCCUCGGGCUCCCCCGACACAGCCCUUUGGAAGGGCCAUGCCCAGCUCUGUACUUGACUGUGUCUCAGCAUGAGGCAUGGACCCAAGGCCCUGGGUCCGGCGUGGGCAGAACAGUCAUUGGAGCACAGCCCUGGGGGUGUGGUGGGCAGAGCCACAGGGCCUGGAGCUGGGAGCUGCAUGAGCAGCCAGACUCCCGACACCAGGUGGGCCUGUGGGCACCUCGUGCCUUCUCCCCCCGCCCCGCUCACCCAGAGCUUCUGUAACAGGAUUUGGAGUGAAAGGGACAGGGCUUGGCCCUUGGCAGGGCGGCACCCACAAGACAUA